UACCGGCUGACAAUCGGUGGCGCAAGACGCCGUGUCGCCGAAGUCCGGCCGAACAGACCAGCUCAGGCUCAGCCUUUGUCAGCCCACGCUCGUCUCCAUGGCCGUCAGUCUCCAGUGAGCCAGCCUGGCCUGGCCUGCUGGGGCACCCUUAGUAGCCAUUGGCCACUCUUGCUGGCUAUCAAAUCUAACGACGUACCGGGGUUUGUUUUGGUUUUCAUACGUCAUCGCCUGCGUGCGGAGGCUUUUAUUUCAGCCGCUGGGGUUGAGACAGGCAGUGUGGGUUUUACCUCCUGAUAAGGCUUUUCCGCAAUGUUUCUCCCGAAAAUGGAGGAUAAUGUGAAUUUCAAACCGAGUCGGGACAGGUUUUACAGUACGCGGUGCUGCGGCUGCUGCCAUGUCAGAACCGGAACCAUUAUCCUGGGGACGUGGUACAUGGUGGUAAACCUGUUGAUGGGAAUUUUACUGACGGUUGCUGUGACUCAUCCUGACAACGUUCCCACUGUAGACCUGCAGUAUGAAGUCAUUGAGCAUUACUUUGCCUCAGAUAGGAUGGCAGAGAAUGCCUGUGUGGGGUUUGCCAUUUCCCUGCUGAUGUUCACGAUCAGUGCCAUGAUGGUCUACGGGGCCGUUACUCAUCGGGAUGGAUGGUUAAUUCCUUUCUUCUGCUACCAGUUGUUUGACUUUGCCCUGAGCUGUCUUGUGGCCAUCAGUUCCCUUACAUACCUUCCCCGGAUCAAAGACUACCUGGACCAGCUGCCUGACUUCCCCUACAAAGACAACCUGCUGUCCCUGGACUCCAGCUGCCUUCUGCUCAUCGUCCUGAUCUUCUUUGCCUUUCUCAUCAUCUUAAAGGCAUACCUGAUUAACUGCGUGUGGAACUGCUACAAGUACAUCAACAACAGGAACUUGCCAGAGAUUGCGGUUUACCCUGCAUUUGAAGCUCCCCCUCAGUACGUUCUGCCCACAUAUGAAAUGGCAGUGAAGAUGCCCGAGAAGGAGCCCCCACCUCCCUACAUGCCAGCCUGAAAUGCCAGCAGCGGAGCGUACACAGUCUGAACCAGCUUGUUCUAACCUUGCAAUACCUUUUUAGAGACUAGGGACAUCCAGGGAUAUCCUCUAAUCUUUAAACUCCAGCAGUGUAGGAACUGAGGGAGGAGGAGUUUGAUUUAUUAAAGCAGUGUGACAGGGAAGGGAAGCUGCGAUAACGUUUAGGAACUUUUUAUCUUCUUUUCCUAUUUGUUCUUGAUGUCUUAGUGUAAAGCUAACCGAACACUAAUAUUGCCUGAAUUUUGAUCAUGAAGUAUAUUUUUAAAAAUCCUUCCUUAAAUAUUUAUAGGUUUUGAAAAUCUCAUUAGACAAUCUUUUCAGCAUUUUAGUAACGCCAUAUUUUCAUUUUGUGGAUCGAUACAAGACUGGCUUUAUUUAAGAUUGUUGUAUGGUAAAGGAUCUUUUAUUAUUUUGCACUUUCUCCAUGUGUAUUCAGCCUUUGUGUGUGUUAAUGUGCCAUGUGGAUUUUUUGAUGCCUUUUGUUGUUUUCUGUUGUACGUUUCAAAGCAGAAAGGGGUAAGGAGGUGUUGACGCAAAGCGGGGAAAAACUUUUGGCAAAAUUGGAGGAGAGAUGAUGGAUGCAUGCUUUUUCCUUUGUACAUGUUUUGCUCCUUGUGGGGAAAAAAUGGCUUCAAUAAAUGAUUAGAAAAGUUUUUAAUCAUCCCCAA